CCUCUGUUUUUUCUGAGGGCGAGCUGUUCUGCUGCAGAAGAGGCUUUCCUAAAGCGGCCCUGUCUGGUUCUGUUGUGAUAAAUGAGCAGAUUUGGCAGCUCUGCGCACUUGGACUCCAUUAAACGUCAUCAGCAUUGUGACUGAGCUCUGGCCGAGGAGGGACGUGAGGAUCUCGACUCCCUCAACCUCUGUCACAGAUCCAGCUGGCGCGUGUCCAUGUCUGAGAGACACUAUUUAAACAGCACUCGCAUGACAAACCCUUACAGUCGAGAGAGAGAAGCAGGAGACAGACUGACGUGUCCAGGGUGAAACAUCCCGGUAACUGUUCCUGUUUCUGUCGUUAUGGAUUUGGCGCGCAACGCCACCGCGCUUUCAUCGCCUCAGAACAGCAGGAUCCCUUCAUCCGGCGGAAGCGACAAUAACGCAUACCUGUACAUCGUCAUCGUGGUGUCCUUUUACGGAGUUUUCCUCAUCGGGAUCAUGCUCGGUUAUUUGCGCACCAAACGGCGUGAGAAAAGGCGCUCGAACGCGUUCACGAGGCUCCUGCACGAGGAGGAGCAGCGCGAGUGGGGCGCGCGCCAGAAGAAGCACAGUUUCAGCCUGCCUGCGUUUCCCGCGCUACGCUCAACGCCGGUGCCUUUCAUGUUGAGCAGCGGGCGCGCGCCUCUGGCAUGCGCACUGUGCUCGGUGGAGCAGAGCAGCGUGAGCUCUCUCAGCUCCGGAGCGGAUGUGCGUUUCGCCAUAGAAGAAGAGUCAGACAGCGGCGGACAUGAGGAGACACCGAAAACUGGCUCGGGAUCGGAAAACAACAGCGACGGGUCGUCAGUGGAAAACCGGCUCUGAGAUUCCCGUUCCCGCCCAGAGACGUUAUAUUGCAACUGCAGUUCCCGCCGAAAUGCAGUAAUGGAGUCUUUUUAUUUUCCCUUACCACAGUUAAUGUUACUACAAAUUCAGCAAUCUGCAGUUGGUCUUACAGACUGUUGUAAUAGGAAAUAAACAAAAAAGCAUUCUGUACGUUUUAAAGAUCUUUUUUGUUAAUAUAUUGUUUAAAUAACUGUAGUAAUUUGGCGGGAAUAAUUUUUGGAUCCAUGGCAAAACAAACUCUUAAGUGCCUUGGUGGAAAGAACGAACUCUUAUGCCAGAAAUAUACUUUUACACAAGCACUAACUGUAGUACAUCAAGUUCUACACUGCAGUUUUUUCAGAUCAGACCACAACAGCGACGGGUCAUCCAUGGAAAACCGGCUCUGUGGUUACUGCCAAGAGACGUUACUAUGUCAGUCGUAGUUCCUACUACAACAGUUAAUCCUACUACAAAUUAAAGGGUCUGAGGUUGGUCCUAGCAACUGUUGUAAUAAGACAUAAACAAAAGUGUGUUUUUGUACAAAAUUUAACGACCUACUUGUGUAAAUAACUGUGGUAAUUUGGUGGGAACUGCGGUUACUGUUGAUUUGUUAGGAUCCAUAGUGAAACAAAAAAACAAAAGUUCUCCUGAGUGCCUUGGUGGAAAGUAUGAACUCUUGUGCCAGAAAUAUACUUUUAACACAAGCGCAAACUGUAGUACAUAAAGUUCUACACUGCAGUGUUUUCAGAUCAGACCACAUCAGCGACGGGUCAUUCGCGGAAAACCAGUUCCCGCCGCAAGACGCUACUAUGGCAACCAUAGUUCCUACGAAAAUGCAAUAACUACCACAGUUAAUCUUACUACAAAUGAAACGGUCUGAGGUUGUUCCUAGCGACUGUUUUAAUAAGAAAUACACGAGCGUUUUUAUAAAUUCGACCUACUUGUGUAAAUAACUGUUGUAAUUUGGCAGGAACUGUGGUUACAGUUCAUUUGUUUUUAUGUUAAUUUGUUAAAGUUCUACUAAGUGCCUUGGUAGAACGUAUGAACUCUUAUGCCAGAAAUAUACUUUUACACAAGUACACAAACUGUAGUACUGUGCAGUUUUUUGCCUUCACUUAUGAAAAUUAACCAUGGUUUUGGCACGUUGAUUGAUGUCUAUAACCAAAGUUUUACUACAAAUACAUUGGCUAAACAGGUUAAUGUAAAACCAUGGUUCAUUUUGGGUUAUUAUUUAACUGUAAAAAUGGUUUUGUUUUCUAUUAAAACCAAAUUUCGUAGCCGAUUGUUAAGUCGUGACGUAUGGUAUGCUGUUUCUGGGUCCAUGCCGCUACUCAUUUGAAUUAAGAAAAUAUUCGUUCAUGACCACUUUUCAGUCAUAUCAAACAUUAAAGUGAAUUUUAUAUAAAAUCAUAGCGUACACAUCAGUCUCUGAGCUUGCUGCAUCACAAAUACCACAUUUUUAACAAUUUAUAAAAAAAUUAUCACUUUCUGGCCAUUUUAUAUUAGA